AUGGCAGCAUCUGUCGCCGCCCUUAUCCCGCGCCUCUCGUUUCCCGAGGGCGAAGAAAUCAACCUGGCGGGACUGCGUUGCGAAAUCCUCGUUGCGGUCCCCCUGAAACUCUUCACACACCUGAACAUCGUGCAGGACGGCUCCACCGUCGAGGAGCUCUCGACCACGCUCAAGCCCGCAGUCACCGCCCUCUACUGCAAUUUCUUUGUGAUGGUGACCAUCAUCACGGGAACAGAGUGGAAGACCAGCCGAACGCCGGAUGUCUUCAUCAUGACGGACCGUGCCACAGGCACUCCCGUCGAGGUCUGCUUCCCGCUGGUCCCUGCGGACCCGACGGGGAUGGACAACACGAGGUAUCUUAUGAUCAACUGCGCUGAGACCCCUUCGGGAGAAGACCUGCAUUGCCAGGCGACGUUUAAGGCGAAGGAGGGAGGCAUUGCCUAUCAAGACUGCCUGAGACUCUAA